AUGUAUGAACAGCAUGUGAAUAAAUUCUGUGACAAACUACGAAAGCUUAGAAAAAAACUAGAAAAUGAAAUGAAAUUCUCGUACAAUGAACUUACAACUGGAAAGACAGAAAUCCUGGUAAUUUUGAAAGAAAGUUUACUGAAACUUACUCAGGACUACCAUAACAUUAGUGAAGAGUUUCUGAAUUUUCUUGUAAGAACAAAUACUGAGGACAGCAGAAGAGAAAAAGCUGCACAAGAGGUAGUUAUAUCCUCCUUGGAACAGAAAGUAGAAAGUAUCCUCCAGGAAAUUGACACAAUCAUGGAACAGGAUACAGAUACAAAGUUUUCACCAGAUUCAAAAUCCAAACUCUCUCAUGACCUGAAGGACAAUGUGUCUCUUAAAGGCACAGCAAGAUCUGUGAGUGGAAGGUCAAGAUCAAGCAGAUCAUCAGCAUCUAGAAGUACGACUUCCAGAAGCACAACUUCCAUGUUAUUGGAACAGAGGGUAAAAGCAGAAGCAGCCAAAGCAAGACUGCAAUUUGUGCAGAAAGCUUCAGAAUUAAAGAAAGAGCAAGCAAGGCUUGAUGAACAGGAGAAAAAGUCUAAGGCAGAGACCCUCAGGAAAAAAGCAGAGUUAGAGACAGAGUUAGAGUGUCUGGACGCACAAAAGGAAUUAGCAACAGCCCAAGCAGAGUUACGAGCAAGGGAGGAAGACAAUGGAGACAUAGACAAUUUAACUAGAACAUCUAUUUCUAAUAUUGACUCCUCAGAACGAACAAGAAAAUUCAUUGAAGAAGUUAACCUGUUAAGGAAUUUGGAGUCAGUUUCAGCAACAGAAAAUGUAGAAUACACCCAACCGAAAGUUUCAGCAGCAAACAAUACAGCUACUCACUCUCCAAUUUGUGAACCAUCAUUUUCAUUGAAUCCUGAGGCUCGACCCUUUGAAUCACAGAAAGACAACCUAGUCAAUCUAGCAAGCUUUAUGUUGAAAAAGGAUCUGAUGCUUACAAGACUUGUUAAUUUUGAUGACAAGCCAGAGAACUUUGUAGCAUGGAAGGCAAGUUUCAAAUCUGUGGUUCAGGAUGCAUUAGUUACACCUCUCGAAGAAUUAGACUUAUUGAUCAGAUGGCUCGACCCUGAGUCCAAGGAACAUGCUAAAAGCAUCAGAGCAGCAACAGUAGGGAAUCCCUCUCAAGGAUGCCAGACCUUAUGGGCUAGAUUAGAGGAAAGAUACGGUUCACCGGAAUUAGUUGAAACAGCAUUAAAGUCCAAACUUGCAAGCUUCCAGCGACUCAGUGCAAGUGAACCUAGACGACUGUAUGAACUCUCAGAUAUCUUAAGUGAAAUAUUUGCCUUAAAAGAAAACCCAAGGUACAGCCAACUUUUCAGUUACUUUGACACAUCAGUGGGAGUGCUUCCAAUAGUACAAAAGUUAACACCCAGUUUGCAAAACAAAUGGACUUCUAAAGCUUCAAAGUAUAAGCUGACUCAUGGGGUCCCAUACCCUCCAUUUAGUGUCUUCUGUGACUUUGUAAAGGAAGUUUCAACCAUGAUGAAUGAUCCUGGCCUACAAGUAGCUCCAACUUUCGCCAAAGAAAAUCGAGACCCGAAAACCCCAAGAUUCAACCAGCAUAACUUCAAACCAGUAAAAUCUGUGACUGUUAAGAAGACUGAUUUUAAAGAGUCAACAAGAGACCAUAAGGUGACACAGAAGAGAUGCCCUAUUCACGAUGCUGAGCACACAUUAAACCAGUGUAGGGCAUUCAGGAAAAAAUCCAUUCGUGAUCGUAAACAAUACCUGCGAGAGCAUAACUUGUGCUAUAGAUGUUGUGAAUUGGACACACACAGAUUCAAAGCCUGUCACGCAGAAGUGAAAUGUGAGGAUUGUGGAAGUGAGCAGCACCCCACUGCUCUUCAUCCGCCUGAGAGCUCUCAGGGCCAGAGACAGCAUGGCGGGGAGGAAGGUAAUAUUCUCACGAAAUGUACAGCUGUGUGUGGAGAACAGUUUUCUGGACGUUCAUGUGCAAAGGCCGUCUUGGUGGAUGUGUAUCCGAAGGGAAGACCUUCAAAACGUCUGCGCCUUUAUGCUCUUGUUGACGACCAGAGUAAUACAACACUUGGAAGAUCUGAGCUGUUCGACUAUAUGGAUGUUCCCAAUAGUCAAAUUCAUUCAUUUACGCUUACCUCAUGUGCUGGACGCAUUCACUCAAGCGGUCGCAGAGCCUCUGAUUUGAUGAUAGCUGCAGUCGAUGGAUCCAUUGUAAUGGAACUUCCUACUAUUACAGAGUGCAAUGAGAUUCCAGAUAAGCGACACGAGAUACCGACUCCAGAAGUCGUCAAUCACCACCCGCAUCUUAGGGAUCUAUCAUUACCUCCGCUUGACACAGAUGCCAAAAUACUUUUACUGAUUGGUAGAGACUUGAUACAAGCACAUCAUAUACAUGAUCAGCGAGUAGGACCUAAGGACUCACCCUUUGCACAGAAGUUGAGUCUUGGUUGGGUAGUGAUAGGAGAUGUGUGCCUUGGCAGAUUACACAAGCCACAAGGUGUCACUGUCUACAAAACUACAGUGAUUGAAGAUGGCCGUCAGUCCAUUUUCGAACCAUGUCAAAACAGUUUCCGCCUGACAGAGGGCAUUGUGCCACACCAGGAUGUGGUAAAGAAAGACAUUUUCCAAAUAUCAGCGGACGAUGACCAAGUUGGCCUCUCUGUAGAUGAUCGUCAAUUCCUGCAGAUCAUGGAGGAAGGUUUUGAGAAAGAUUCCAGUGGAAAGUGGAAAGCUCCAUUACCGUUUAGAAAACCAAGGCCAGUCUUGGAAAACAACCGACUUCAAGCUUUGAAGAGGGCCCACAUGUUGGAUGCUAGUCUUGAGAGGAACUCAGUGAAAAAAGAACAUCUUGUGACUUUCAUGAGAGGACUCAUAGACAGUGGUGCAAUGGAGGUGGCUCCGCCUUUGCCUGCAGGGAAAGAAUGCUUUUACUUACCUCUCUUUGGAGUUUAUCACCCACGGAAGCCUGACAAAAUACGCGGUGUAUUUGAUUCGUCCGUUAAAUACAAGGGCCUAUCCCUCAAUGGAGUACUGCUAUCAGGACCAAACCUGACCAAUGAACUACUGGGAGUCCUUAUGCGCUUCCGUAUGAACAGAGUGGCCUUUAUGGCAGAUGUAGAACAGAUGUUUUAUUCAUUCCUGGUCCGAGAGGACCAUAGAGAUUUUCUACGUUUCUUCUGGCACAGAAACAAUGAACCGUGUGAAGAUUUAAUCGAAUACCGAAUGCGGGUGCAUGUGUUUGGGAAUACACCCUCGCCGGCGGUAGCAACAUAUGGUUUACGCAAGACAGUUGAAAAAGCGGAAGUUGAGGUACAGAAUUAUGUUACCCGAAAUUUUUAUGUUGAUGACGGGCUCAUGUCUGUGGGAUCAAGUGACGAAGCCAUAAAUCUGCUUCGAAAAACGCAACAAGUGCUGAAGGACGAAACCAAGAUCAGACUUCACAAGAUAGCAUCGAACAGCGUUGAAGUAAUGGAGGCUUUUCCCGCGGAAGAUUUAGAAAAGAAUCUGAAGUCGCUCGACAUUGCGGCUGAUGAGUUACCGAUCCAACAGAGCCUUGGCUUAGCAUGGGACAUCAAUUCAGAUAGUUUGAAUUUCAGUGCACGCAUCCCAGAAAAACCGUUUACAAAAAGAGGUCUUCUGUCCAUAAUUAACAGUUUAUUUGAUCCUCUUGGGUUUAUCGCACCUAUAGUCAUACAUGGUAGGAUACUUUACAGGGAGAUAUGUGAGGACAAUGAUGACUGGGACGAACCUCUACCCAAUGAUCGUGAAGAAGAAUGGACUAUAUGGAAGCAAUCUCUACAUGCCUUGGAGAAUCUGCGCAUUCCGAGGAUGUAUACUCCAGUGUCCUUGAGUUCUGCUUCCUCAAGCAAAGUUCAUGUUUACUCAGACGCCUCCGAAAAGGCAAUUUCUGCGGUUGUGUACUUACAGACAAUUGAUGAUUUAGGUGAAGUCAAUAUUGGAUUUGUCAUUGGGAAGUCGAGAAUAGCACCUAAACAAGGAAAUACUAUUCCACGCCUUGAGCUUGGUGCUGCUCUUCUAGCCACGGAACUAGUUCAGACAGUAUUCCAACAGCUUGACUUAAAUCAAGAUUCUGCAAAAUACUAUACAGACAGCAGGGUCGUUCUAGGAUACCUACAUAACCGAUCUCGUCGAUUCUACAAUUAUGUCAGUAACCGGAUCAACAUGAUACACAGGCGAUCUAAACCAGAGCAGUGGACCUUUGUUUCCACACAGGACAAUCCAGCUGACAUUGGAACUAGGUGUUACACAUCUUUUGAGGACAUGUCUCAAAGCGAUUGGCUCAGAGGACCGAUACAACUGAGGUCUGUAGAGAAGGUAGAGGACAAAAGCUUCCCCUUAGUCAAUCCAGAUGCAGAUGCAGAAAUACGACCCAUAGUUUGUGUCAAGAAAACAGAGGUGAAGGAACAUUUAGUGGAUAGAUUUGAGAAGUUCUCCUCUUGGACAAGAUUGGUGAAUGCAGUCUCAUAUCUAAAGAGAUUUUGCAGAAGAAAAGCUGAGUUUUCUUUGCACAGUAUUGAAGAUACUCAGGAAGCAGAACGUUUCAUUAUCAGGGAGACUCAGAGAUUCUGGUAUGGAGAUGAUAUGAAGUGUUUACAGGAGAAGAAAACACUUCCCUUGAAAAGCAAUAUCAUUGCUCUUCAUCCUUUUGUAGAUAAUAAAGGAAUUUUACGUGUUGGUGGACGUCUAAACAAAGCACCCUUCACUAUAGAUGAAAGAAAUCCUGUCAUUCUUCCAGGAAAAUCCCACAUUGCCAGACUUCUCAUUACUCAUCUGCACGAGAAAGUGUAUCAUCAGGGUAGACUCAUCACGGAAGGUACAGUGAGAUCCAAUGGCUUUUGGAUUAUCGGAUGUAAGCGCCUUGUUAAUUCCAUCUUGUACAAAUGUGUAGUGUGCAGGAAACUUAGAGGGAAGUUAGAAUUUCAACAGAUGGCGGACUUACCACCUGACCGAGUUACAUCUGGACCUCCAUUCAGUUCAGUAGGGGUCGAUGUAUUUGGGCCGUGGCCAGUAGUGGCACGACGAACUAGAGGGGGCCUUUCCCACAGCAAAAGAUGGGCUGUGCUUUUUACUUGUAUGAAAACAAGAGCAAUACACAUUGAGAUCAUUGAGGAGAUGAGCAGCUCAUCAUUUAUUAAUGCCUUACGCCGAUUCAUCUCUAUUCGUGGACCUUUGAAGGAAAUCCGUUCCGAUAGAGGAACCAACUUCUUAGGAGCCCUUGAUGACAUAAAGGCUGAAGCUGUCUACACUGAAAAGGGACCUAUUCACAAUUAUCUUCUUGAGAAUAGGAUAACUUGGACUUUCAACCCCCCACAUGCGUCACACCAGGGCGGAACCUGGGAAAGGAUGAUUGGAGUGUCACGAAAAAAUACUGAACUCAAUGUUACUAAAUGCGAACACAAAACAACUCACUCAUGA